GAAUAUAGGUCAGAGGUCACCUUACGAAACAAACAAAAUGGCUGCUUUUCGCCGGUGGGUAAAACGCAGGGAGGCACAAGCCAUGCACAAGCCAAUAUCAUGACCUUACAACUUGAGCAGGCAUAUGCAGAUGGCAAACACAUUUGUCAACUGUCUUCCCUGACAUGAACAGGCCUAUUUGGCUAGCCAAAUGAACGUAUACAACCCUGCUUGCUUUCUCCAAGCAACCAUGCAGUGUGCAAGAGUUCUAUCACACUCCAUUUUGGGCAGAACUAUCCAGCUGCACUCACUGAGACGUCUCGGCACAAGCGGUCGGCUUCUGGGAUACAAACUCGCAAAGAACCUCAAGGACUGCUAUAGCCUACUGGGCAUCUCUGAUGGCUGUACCGAGGCAGAGCUGAAGGAAGCUUUCAUCAAACGGGCUAAACAAUACCAUCCCGACAGCGGGUCCAAAACUGCCGACCCAAGGAAGUUUGCUCAGGUGGAGGAAGCCUACAGAACCGUGCAGGAAAAGCUGGUGAGGGAGAGAAGGAAGGAAGAAGCAGAAGCAAAUGAAGAGGAAGAGGAAGAUACUGGUAUAAAGCACACGGCUCCUCAGCACAGGCAGUAUCUGGGGUUCGAGGGGGUUGGUUACGGCACUCCCACACAGAGGCAAAAGCAGUACCAACAGUAUAAAGUCGACCGGGCAGCCAACAGGGUCGUGGACUACAAAGUCGCCAAGCUGUCGGCCAUGUCGGAAAGCGUGCUUGUCCUGCAAGAGAAACGGCAAGCAAGGAAAGCGAAAAUCGUGCAGGUCAUCGACCGCAUGGUCGAGGAUAUGAUCGCGGAAUCGAUGGCCAACGGGGAAUUCGACAACCUUCCUGGCAAGGGGAAGCCUUUGAACUUGCAAAAGUCGGAGUACAAUCCGUACCAAGACACCACCACACAUCUCAUCAACAAGAUUCUCAACGACAACGGGUUCAAGCCACAGUGGGUCGAAUUGGAAGUGGAGGUGCGAAACCGCAUCAAGGAACUCCGGAAGAAACUUGAUUCAAAGAGGGCAGCAUUUGGCCCUGAACCCUUCUCACCACAGAAUCAGAAGAAGUGGAAUACAUACCUGGAUACUUUCAGAGAGGACAUCGCUGCACUGAACAAGAGAAUCGACAAGUAUAACAUGAUUGUCCCUAUCAUGGCCAAGCAGCUGGGCCACAUCAAGCCAGACAGGGAGGUGGCCAAGGUGAUGGAAAAGUUUAGAGCUCAGGAAGAACAAGAAAAGCAGCAAACUGUAGAAACUAAAGCUGAGGAAAAAACAAGUAAAGAGAAGAUGAGAUGGGGUAUCUUAAGGCACUGGAGGUUUACACCACUAAAUGAAUGAUUUUAAAUGAAUGAAUGAAUUUAUUGCUCACAAUCGCACAAGGUACAAUGUAUAGCAACCAGUAACAACUACUAGCUAUAUAGACAAUAGUACUAUUAGGCUACAUACAGAUAUGUUAAUAAAAUUCAUUCAUUCAUUCACUCAUUCACUCAUUCAUACAGAACAACAAAAGAUUAUUGAUA